CAAUCACAAUCACAUUCACAUAUCGCCAUCGCGCCUCACACGUGUGUGUGUGUUUUUCCAACUCCAAUUAAUGGGGGCGAUCACGUCGUCCAUGGCGGCCAAGUUCGCCUUCUUUCCGCCCAAUCCGCCGUCGUACGCCGUGGCGGUCGACGAAUUAUCGGGGAAGCUCAAGAUGAUGGGGGUGACCGCGAGGGAAAACGUCGACGUUUUGAAGGUCUGCACAAAACGAGGGAACAGCAUCGUGGCUAUGUACAUUAGAAACCCUUCCGCAUCGUUGACCGUGCUUUUCUCGCACGGUAACGCCACCGAUCUAGGUCAGAUGUACGACUGGUUCUCCCAACUCAGUCACGACCUCCGACUCAACCUCUUAUGUUAUGACUAUUCUGGCUACGGACACUCUUCUGGCAAGCCUAGUGAGCAGAACACGUAUGCAGAUAUAGAAGCUGCAUAUAAAUGCCUGGUGGAAAUGUAUGGGGCGAAAGAGGAAGAUAUUAUCCUAUAUGGCCAAUCUUUGGGCAGUGGACCCACCACAGAUUUGGCUACUCGUUUACCAAACCUUAGGGCUGUCAUUCUCCACAGUCCCAUCUUAUCUGGUCUCAGAGUCAUGUAUCCCGUCAAGAGGACAUACUGGUUUGACAUUUACAAGAACAUUGACAAAAUUCCUUUGGUCAGUUGUCCAGUUCUGGUAAUUCAUGGAACAGCUGAUGAUGUAGUAGAUUGCUCCCACGGGAAGCAACUUUGGGAACAUUGCAAACAAAAGUAUGAACCCCUAUGGAUUAAAGGAGGAAAUCAUUGUAACCUGGAGCUUUACCCUCAAUAUAUAAAGCACCUCAAGAAAUUUAUUGCGGCUAUUGAAAAGUCAUCCCAUCAAAAAACAGGAACUGUUCCUGUUCCUGAUCAACUGGACAGACCUCGGAGUAGCACAGAUUUUAGAGAGAAACCUAGAAUCAGCAUGGAUCUAAGGGAGAAUUUGAGACGAAGUAUUGACUUAAAAGAAAAGCAUAGGUCCAGCACAGACCAUAAAGUAAAGUCGAGGGCUGGCCCAGAUAAGAAAGAUAAAUCAAGAAAGAGUAUAGAUCGGUAUGAGAAAGCAUGUAAUGGAGCAGAAAUUCCUGAGAAAGCUAGAACUAGCAUUGAUCGUUUUGGGGACAUGGUGAGAUCAGUUGGGUUGUGCAAUAUUGAUUGUUUCAGGCCCAGUGCAACUCAUGCAUAAAGAUGAAACUGACAAAACCUUACGUGUUGAGGUUUUUUUUCUGAUUGAUUAUUUGAUUGGUUGAUGAGUUGUAUGGGUGAUAGGAAAAUGUUCACUUGUGUCCAAUUUAUUUUCUAAAGUAGUAGAUGAAAAAUUAAUUUAAUGAGGUAGAUCGUGUGCCACUAAAUCUUCUUCUAAGUUCAUAAUAUAACCUCUGUUUUUAGCA